AUUAUUAUGAGGAAGUGAAGGGCGGUGGUUGAGAAGCAGAGCAUCGACGGGCUAGCUAACAAGACAGGUUCUCGUCAGGUAGAAAAAAACAAACCGUCAACAUGUCUAGCAAAAGGGCAAAGGGAAAGACCACAAAGAAGCGCCCUCAGCGCGCUACGUCCAAUGUCUUUGCCAUGUUUGACCAGUCCCAGAUUCAGGAGUUCAAGGAGGCCUUCAACAUGAUUGACCAGAACCGUGACGGGUUUGUGGACAAAGAGGACCUUCACGACAUGCUGGCCUCUCUGGGUAAAAAUCCAAAUGAUGACUACCUGGAGGCCAUGAUGAUGGAAGCUCCUGGACCCAUUAACUUCACCAUGUUCCUCACCAUGUUUGGAGAGAAGCUCAAUGGCACAGACCCAGAGGAUGUGAUCAGAAAUGCGUUUGCCUGCUUUGAUGAGGAAGGCACAGGUUCCAUCCAGGAAGAUUACCUCAGAGAGCUGCUGACAACAAUGGGCGACCGGUUUACAGAUGAGGAGGUGGACGAGCUUUUCAGGGAGGCGCCCAUUGACAAGAAAAGCAACUUCAACUAUGUGGAGUUCACGCGCAUUCUAAAGCAUGGUGCCAAGGAUAAGGACGAUUAAAGAGCCACACCAGCACACAAGUCGUCUUCACCCUCCUUGUCUAUUCCAUCAGCUAGAUGACCGUGCUACAUGUCUCAAAUCACCAGUAUACAACCCUUUUAAACAAGCCAAAGCAAUAACUAUCCACUCUUUUGUUGUGAACUUCCACUUUACCUAAAUGUACACAUUAAUCCGAUACUGUUUGAAAUACUUUUUUCCUGUCAUUUAAGAUGUACAGUGGCAGCACCAUGGAAACUCUAGGGGGAUGAGUCUUUGCAAUUCAUGUGAUCGGGUAUAGCUGAAUUUUUACAUUUUAUAAUAUAAACUUUUUAAAUAAAGCCCUCUAUCAAGGUAUAUUGUGGUGUUUCCCUUCCAUAAACUCCAACUGAAAUGAGGAUUGCAUUACCCUGUCUUUUUGCUUGAGGGUCUAACUAUUAGAUGCUUAAGUUUUCUCCAUGUAAGGAGCUUCAAGUCUUGACACGUCUGCUCUCCCGCCUCACCAAAUGUCUUUGGGGCGAGUGCAGACGGGCACGAGCAGAAUUCUUUCAUCAAAAAGGAAGUUCAGAGAUGACAUGAAAAUGACUUUGGGAUUCAUUGUUGCGCCCAAGGUGAAUAAAGCAUCUAAAAAAUUAAA